CGACAACAUGCCUGCUCCCGCCAAUCUGUCAGCAGACACCGCCACCACAAUCAACGUUGGCAAGGAAGCUGCGGAACAUUUUCUUCUGCAGAAUGGCUAUCGCAACCUAAAUCACGGCUCGUUCGGGACCUACCCUCGUGCUGUUCGGACAACACUGCGUGCUCUGCAAGACGAAUGCGAGGGUCAGCCAGAUCGUUUCAUUCGCUACACGUAUCCUCAGAAGGUUGAUGAAUCACGGCAAAUCGUUGCCGACUACCUCAAUGCGUCCGUUGAUACUAUAGUCUUCGUUCCUAAUGCCACCACCGGCGUCAACACCGUCUUGCGGAACCUCCUCUGGCAGCCGGGCGAUGUCAUCCUGUAUUUGUCCACUAUCUACGGAGCCUGCCAAAAGACCAUCGAGUACCUGGCAGAAACGACGCCUGUUCAAGGUCAAGCUGUGGAAGUGACGUAUCCCAUUUCCGAUGCCGCUCUCGUGCAGGCUUUCUUGAGCACAGUCUCGUCUAUUAAGGCUGCGGGCAAGACACCCAAGCUGGCAAUGUUUGACACAAUCGUCAGCAUGCCUGGUGUCCGCGUUCCCUUUGGGCAGCUCACGAAGCUUUGCCACGAGCAUGGCAUCCUGAGCCUGAUUGACGGCGCCCACAGCAUUGGACAGAUCCCCAUCAAUCUUGGCGAGCUAAAUCCCGACUUCUACGUUUCGAACCUGCACAAAUGGCUGCAUGUACCGCGCGGCUGUGCUGUCUUCUACUGCCCUGUCAAAAAUCAGCCUCUGAUGCGAUCCAGCCUGCCCACUAGCCACGGAUUCGUCCCAAAAGUCAACACCGCCCUUGUAAGCCCGCUGCCGCCCAGCCAAAAGAGCGAAUUCGUCAACAAUUUCGAAUUCACUGGCACAAUCGAUACUAACCCGUACCUUUGCGUCGGGGCCGCCCUGAACUGGAGGGCAAGGAUGGCCUGGAACGGAAAGAAUGGCGAAGAGGCUAUCAUGGCAUACUACAUUUUCCUAGCGAGGAAAGCUGGCCAGAUCGUAGCUGGAAUACUGGAAACUGAAGUCAUGGAGAACAGCGAGGGCACGCUACAAAAUUGCGCUUUCUCAAACGUCGCCCUACCGCUCAGUCUCCAGGACGAUGCUGAGGGUACGUACACCGUCGCUGUCGCUAUCGCUCAGUGGAUGAGCAAGGUAUUAGUGGAGGAGUACAAUACCUUUCUGGCAAUUUUGAUUCACGGAGGCAGGUGGUGGGUCAGGCUCUCUGCACAAGUUUACCUGGACGAGGAGGACUUUCACUGGGCCGGCAAGGUGUUGCAGGAGGUCUGUGAAAGGGCUAAGGACGGCGAAUGGCGCGGUGCUAGACCGGGGCCGCCUGUGAGGCUCGCUGGCAACCAGAUAGCUUCUUAGAGCUAGGUAGAGUUGAUGUAUCGUGGUCGCUUCGGCUUUUGCCUUACAUGCAGUCGAUAUCGAUCUAAUAAGAGCUAUAAGACGCCGUCCGUCUGCACUCGUCGCUUGCUAUACUAUAGGUAGUUAGGUUUGUGCUUUAAGAUUAACCCG